UCAGUGUUUUGUUUAUAGCUAACUGGCUACAUUUGCUCUUUAGUUCUUGUAAUCAACUGUUACAUUUAAACUUUGCUUUGAUCUGGUGCAUCAAUUGCUGUGAUUUUGUCUGUGUUUUUUCUUUGUAGCUAAUUAGAUAUUUGUUUUAAAAGUAAGGGUGUAUUCUUAUUGUGCAUAAACAACCUGCACUGUUGUGUAUUUUAGUUAUAGUAAUUCCCAUUUUAAGGCUUUUCAGUGACAUAACCACACUGCAGCUAGUUGUGCAGCUUUAUUUUAUAUAGAGAUAUUAGAUUGGACAUAUUGUUGGACUUAUUUGAAGUGCAAGUUGAUGAAGCUUUUAAGCUUACACUGAAGAUAAAACCCUGAAUAUUUUCCUGGUAAAAUGUUGGAUCUGUUUAGCAUCUGUGACCAGGGGCGGAGGUGCAAAUGUGCAAGCAGGGAUAUGGUCUUGUUUUUUACCUUUAAUGGCAGCUUAUUUGCUGUUACUAAAUGUCUUGUGUAUUUAAUUAAAGCUAAUAUAUUUAACAUGAUUUAGGUCAUAAGCACUGAUUAAGGAUCAUGGGUGUAAUAAAUAGAAACGAUGUGGAUUAUUUAUUCAUUUACUUACGUAAACAACUUUCUCUCUCUCUCUCUCUCUCUCUCUCUUUCUCUCUCAAAUGCCUGUAGAGAAUUAGACAGACGUAAGCACACGUUGUAUGAUCAAAGUGCAAAUUACACACACGGCCAGAUGAAAGCAUUGUAAUUUUAGUUGACAUGUUUUUGUGUGUGAAUAAAAAGGAUUACAACUUUAAUGUUUACCAUAUGGUGGUAUACUGGUUUGCACCGUGUCCUCACACCUCCAGGUUCGAGGGUUCGAUUCCCCCUUUGAGGUCUGUGUGUAUGGUGUUUGCAUGUUCUCCCCAUGCUUGGAACAUCAUAAACGACCAAGAGCAGACCCUCCAGCCUGUUUUAAAGCUGCAGAAUGGAUCCGAGCGCCUCUGGGAUUUUCUGCAGCAGGAUGCUGAGCAUGGUCAACUCUGAGGAUGUAAACGCAAUCAUCCAGGCCCAGAGACACAUGCUGGAUCGAUUCGAGAAGACCAACGAGAUGCUCAUUAACUUUAACGGCUUGUCCAAUGUGCGGCUGCAGCAGAUGAACGACCGCUUUCUGCUCCACACCCGCACGUUAAUCGAAAUGAAGAAGGACUUGGACAGCGUUUUUCGCCGAAUUAGGACAUUAAAAGGCAAAAUUGCCAAGCAAUAUCCAGAGGCCUUCAGUAGUAUCGCUCAGCUCCAUUCUCUUUAUCCGUCCGCAGACAUUCGUGAGGCUUCCAGCCUGGAGGAGGAUGACGAUGAUUUUGACCCUGUCCCCCCCAGUAUAGCCACCACCACAGUCACGUCUGAGCAGAGCACUGAAUCAUGUGACACGAGCCCUGACGUUAUCUCGCCGACAAUCAGCCGCUGUUCUGAGGAGCUUUCUCAGGAGAAUCCAGACACUCCAACCUCGAACAGCCCUGAGAGGGCUGUGCUGCUGGAUGAGGGCCCAGAUUCGAUCAAUAUCUAGAGAAUCUACGGAUUCUUGGACAUGUUGCUAAAGAUUUUAAAUUCUCUUGUGCUUUGCAGUUAUUAGCCCUAAAUAACAGGUCGUGUCACACUGUCUAGUAGCAGAAAGUAAAGACUACUGCGUCCGUAUUAUCAUGUUGAAUAUAUUUUGCAGGAUUCAUUCAUUCUUCAUCGGGUCUUUUCAAGUCCUGGCAUCUGAACAUACUACUCCUAGAACUAAAAUAUGCCGUGUUUGCCAAACGUGUUUUUAAUCUAAACAGGCAAGUUUUAAAGUAAAUGAAAGGAAAAAGUGUUUUAUAUAUGUAUGGUUGUAAGAUUAAAGUAAUAUGGCUUACUUAGUAAUGCUCCACGUACUUUUAAUCUGUAACUCAUGCUUGUUUAAUGCACACCAUGUUUAAAUUACAGAAUCUCAUUAAAGCAUCAUUUUUCA